GGCUCAUCUUAUUAUUGUACUUACCAUGAGCUUACCUCUGCGUAAGUUUUGCUUCGCAGUUGGCCGGUAGGGGUCGAACCUGAAGUACAUGACCAUGACCAAAUUAGAACCUGAGCUCUGUGAAGUUGUAAUGCGAUGUAAACGCCAAGAGUACUUGUUUGACGUGUCAAAGUCGAACACUUUAUUUUCCAAACGAAACCUGCUGAUCUUCAAGCAGGUAGGAUCUACCUGAAAAAAGUGGAUUAAAUACGCGUAGAUAUGCGGGGAGAACAUCAAGUGGCCGUGCUGAAUUUGAGAGAACCAACUAUUGAGAGACUUGAAAGGGUAAAAAGGUGAAAUUCUGGAAGUAAUAUAAGCGCUGGACGAAAUGGCGAUAGCUUGCGGUAUUGUGUACGGAGGGUUAGACCACUGAGUGAUUCUAUCAAAUACUAAGGAGAAAAAGUGUAAGGAGAAAGCGGCGUGCAACUUUUACUGUGUGGUGCUUUCAGUGAAAUCUUCAAUCUCUCAUUGUCGUUUCAUCACAUUCGUUGUGUCUACAGACUCUCAUGUUCUUGCAACAGGAUGAUUAAGAUGAAGUUGAAAAAUGAUGACAUAGUCGGAUCUCCUCCGACGAGGCGGGGCCACGCACUGCGAUGAAGGACAACAACCUGUAAGAGGACACCGACUGAACCUUUGGUUGGGAUCUGGAUUUGGAUCGAGGCAGCACAUUAGAAGAAGUGGAGAUGUUGGGCAAGAGUCCUCUAGAUAGUACGGACGAUGAAGUUCGUGGUGAGACCAGUGCCCUCAUCGAACCACGAAAAUGGCGACGCAAAGGGAAACGCGACAUCGUUCUACCUGGAAGAGUUGUCACCGAGAGAGUACAGGCCAAGCGAGGGGUUUUAUGGCCAGCAUUUAGUUUUUGUGUAAUUACGCUUGAGAUGGCUUAUGAUAGAUAUCGACAUGCAUUGAAUGAUGUCAUCUAGACUCUCUACUAUAAUUGUCUCCGCACGAGAAGUAUCAUGGUUUGUACCCUCCAAUGAUGACUUUCUCCAUCGGCAUCUAUGUAAAAGUGUAAUUAUCAGUUUACUGGCUUCUCAUUCUCUAAGCACUAUGUUUUGGUUACGGAUGGGAUUUGCUUUUGUGGUUGUUUUAUGGCUUCUUACGGCUAGCCUCUGGUCACGGAACACGAUGUACGCGGAACUCGUCGGUUACUGGUCUUCGAUUUUAUGGUGGUGGAUUACUGUACUAGACUGGGGCUAAGUAGGGGAAUGAUUUUAGAACGGUUGAGGGUUGGUAGAGAUAUUUCAACAUUGUUUAUACCGAAGACAUUUUAUACACAAUUUGACCGCCUCUAACUUCUGUCGAUGGGACCUUUUUUUUGUCUUUGACAGAGGAAUGGAGCAGUUUCGAUGGGAGUUAUUUUCUCCAGUUCUUUUUCCUAUACGGUUUGCAUCCGUAUGAUGGCGAAGCGGUGCCUGACGUGGUGAUUAUGUUGGGACAGUCGAAGACCGUUGAAGCCUGGUUGUGGCCUAGAGUAUCACGCUCCUAGAUUAGCUUUUCUGUUGAUCCUGCGACUGCGAUUAUUAUAUGAUUUGUAAAUACCAGCAUGCACCAUCAAGUGGAUGAAAUAGUAAGGUAAAAACCAAAAACCAAACCAUGGAGUGAGUGUUCAAAAAUACUCUGCCUCUAUUAUAAGAUUAAGGAACUCCCCAAAGACCCUCUGCAAUUAAAGUGUAGAUGUAGCAACUAUCACAGAAGUCAUUUUUGCUGAUUAGGGUGAGACGGAAGCACCGGAAGCAUGCGAUUGCUAGCGGACCACUUCCCAACAGUUAAAUACAAUUUAUUUUCGGAGUAUCUCAAUUACCUGACGCCUUAACGACACAAGUCAUUUUUUCUAAUUAGGAUGACACGGUUACGACAGGAGAGGGUCUGGCUGCUCAGUUCCUUGAGAAGGUAGCUGAAAAAACCGAGCUGUCACACCAGUCUGGAGGAGCUCGUGAAGAUGAAGUAGUUGCCGUUCUUGCUGCAGACCAUUAUGAAGGAUUGUGAAUUCUGUUGUGAUGUUUGAGAAGAAAUACAACCGGUUAGCUUUCCCUCAUAUACCUUAGGUUAAAUAGUCCCUUUAUCCAAUACUAUUCUUGUGACUGCAGAAGACUCAGUCACGUACCUCCUCAGAACAUUCUAAUACUCUUGAAGACCUGUCCAUUAAAUGAAGGAUUUUCAUACCUGUCUGAGAAGAGUCAUCCAUUUACUUCCGGAGAAAGGGUAGUUGUAGAAGACUCGAGGACAGCAUUUUCUAUUCUGGAUGUUCUAAUGUUAGCCAUUAAAAACGCGCGUGUACGAGCCGGCGACACUGCAGCUAAAAAGGAAAAUUCCGUUAAGGCUGCAAAAUUUUGAAGAAGCCUUCUUUCAGGAGACAUCGGAAUGCUGUAGAACCGGAAGCCCUGUAGACCUCCACAUAGAUCUCACGGUCUCAGAAAAUGUCUAAUCUCAUAGGUCUUAUCGGUACAUAGAUCUCAUAGUGGUCUAAUCGGAGAGGAAGGAAAGCAAGGAGCUAGUGAGAAAUUUAGAGAGGUGAACGAAUGCUUAAACCAGCAUGCCGAUCAACUGGGACUACGGGCAUGGGAGUUGGAAGCAGGGUCGAAGAAGGACGCGAUUUAUGUUGAAAGGAGAAGAACACGACACUUAAAAAAAUUUUUUUCCGAUUUCUUAGACUUACGUAGGAUCUGGAGAAGACCGUUCAUGAUUGCCUUCCUUAGAGCAACUUUGAACUUUCAUAGACUGAAAGAUGGGCAGGAGACCGAUAACACUCGAAACCCUUGGGAAUCCAUUUUCGAUGCUGAGAACCAAUGCCUACUAAAGGCGUAUCAAGCACAAACGGAAAAGUUAAGGCUGUGUGAAACUUUUAUUGGGCCACCAUCUUCUUCUUCUUCUUGGCAUGGAGACCAACAUACUUCCUCUCAAAGGAAUGCAUUUCCAGCGGUCAUUUUCUUCUGUCUCGUGCUGCUGGGAUUCCGAAGAAAUGAAGGCAAUCUUUUUUCGGAAUUUUUGAGCUCUAAAAAAGGGAGAGCAUAAGAUGAAAAGUGAGCCAUCCACGGAGCGGCCAGGGGUGAGGAUGCCGCGAGAAGAGGCUGUUUUAUGAUCAUCGUGUGCACUAAAAAGUCAAGAUUAGUGGUCUAUUGACGUUUCGCCUCGAGAGAGGGAUGAACAUGAUCCGGCAGAUAUACCGUCUCAUGUACUAAUACACUACAAGGUAUAGAAGCAGUACACUACAAGAUAUACAUAGAACAGAUGUUCUUGAUACAUAUGCUUUAUCACGAUUUUUUUUGCGUAGAGUGGUUCAAUUGGUCAUCGUCUGUAGGUCAUCGUCCGUAGGAAUAGUCUCCGCUGAGAAAAGUGACUUUGUGUCUCUCUGUCUCCUCAAACUCCUCAGAAAACUCUUUCUGUCUCCUCUAAAGAUUGAGCAUUACGAAGUCCAGCUUUUGAAAAGCGGGUGGGGUACGGCCUCAGUAGCGGCGGUUGACCUUAGUGUGCUCGAUUUUCCAUUAUGACGAAUGAUUGAUUUUGAGUAUGACGAGAUGAUUCUCUCUAGAAGAUUUCAUCACUUUAUAACUGGUGGUUUCUACUUUACAAGAACUUAUAACUGGUUUCUUUACUAGUCUCUAGAACUUAACUGGUUUCUUUACUAGGUAGGACUUUUCCGAGAUGGAUUUGUUGUUGGUAUAGACCACGGCGAAGGGGAGGCCGCUGUUCUCUGUUAAACUUCAAUGUCUCAUUGUCGUACUUGUAAACGACACCACAAGCCUCUCUCUAGUGUGGAAUAUUUAUUUAGAAAUCUGUUUAAGGUCUACCAGACUGCUCAAGAAGAAACUCGCGGCCAACUAUGGCAACCUUUCUAACAGGUAGAAGAAGCUCCCAACCGAGCGGUGAAGACAAGGUUCCUAAGGACGGCGAGAGUAAGGUGCAGACGAUGGCAGGCAGACUCUGGAUACUGUGGCACAUGGCACGUCUAGAAAGAGGUGUCACAGAUGCAAGUGUACGGACGAUGAGAAUCAAGUGGUUAGUUUUCCAUCGUGUGUCCUAGGUUAGUCGCUUCAUCCAGAAAAUUCUCAAUAGAAGUGUUUCCUUCGUUGUUUCGGAUAUUCGUAUGCUAGUCCCUGUCCACAAAUCCACAAUAUUUUAUUUACGUUUUCAAUAUUGAAUUUACCUUUUAAUAUUUUCCCCUUUUUCAUAAGUUCUUCCCAUCAACAAUUUGGCGGAGUACUCUUUUUCUCUAUCUCCCGUGGUUACGAACUAUGAGAGCCUGCGUGGUGAAGAGGAUGCGUUCGCUAGUGACCUGAAUCGCAAGGUUUUCACGUGGAAAUUACGAGGACUUGGAAGUCAUAGUACAUCACUUGUAGCAAUAAAGUUUAGUCAAAGGUAGCAAAGUUCAGUCGCAGCCUGACUUUGGUAGUUGUAGACUUUGCCGGCCGCUUACCGGUUUCUCGUCCAUUAUGUAAAUUUAGCGGGCAUGUAGACAGUAGUCUUAUGCGCCCCCAGUAUGUAAUGUGGAUGACAAUAGUUGAGCAUGUUAAUUGAUUGUUUGAAAGGGCGGUGGCUAUUGUCCCAACGCAAAAAAAAUUAAUAGGAUACCAAACAAAAAUCAGCCAGAACAGGGGCACACACGUGACUUUUUUGUUUGUCUAAGAUACAAAACAGGAAGUACUCCGGUGGAGAUGUUUCCCAGUUCUAUACUGAAACCCAAGCAGCAAGCAGGCUGGUUCCAGAGUGGGGUGAUUGUGCAAACUGUCCUUCAAUCUUUUCAAAGACUAGGAUGGCUACCAGGUAUUUUGCACAAUACUAGAGCAACGAGCCAGGUUACCUGGUAGAUUCAAAUCAUCAAGAAGGUCGAUAAGCACGUCGCUGAAUAGGUUCAAAUCAUUAUUUGAGGUUUUGCAUAUUAUCAGAAGAUCUAUGGAACAAGAUGAAGGAUGAGAUAGAGAUUCGUUUGUUGUUUGCUUCCCCUUAAAUCUUUUCUUUUGAAUUGAUGUUUUCCUAGAUUAUAAGUACUUAGCUACAACGCAGAUCUAUUGAAGAUGAAGGCAGAAGUUGUGCCUGACAAUGAUGGAGGACUCGCAGGAGGUUGUGCCACCUGAUCAAUAUGUUUUUACUUCUUUAUAGCCACGCCUUCUCGUCUUGUUGAACAACUUACCCCAUGAAGAAUGGGUAGACCACUACAACUAUAUGGAGAACUGUAGGAAAAUGACAUGCUUUCUUUGCGCCCACCCCAGCUGGUGCGUCGAGCGAUUAUGUAAGUAGCGCUCCUUAGUAUAGGAGGUUAUAAUGCACUCCCACCAUCGCCGGGCAGCAUCCUGGAAAAUACGUGGGUCAUACUAAUUUUUUAGUAUACAACUUUCGCCAUAACCCCCUCCGAAAAGUUUGCAAUUGUAAUUCUAAGCGUUAGUGUUCCACUUUUCACAGGUAUCCAGGAUCCGAGCACGUUUGCUUUCGCGCCGCAUGGCACCUACGACGUUAGGCUCUUCGUCAAAGGGAGGUGGAAGUGGGUGACGGUCGACGAUCGUGUCCCCUUACUGCUACAUCCUGACAAUUAUGAUUUACUAAUUACAACUUCUGAAGAUUCGUAAUUUGCCUAUAUUAACAAGAAGAGCCUUGUUGGGGUACGUAGUUUUUCCCUCGUAGUAAACCUUACAUAUUUAUUUUCCUUCAUGAAGAUGAACAAAUAGAAAAUCGAAAGUGAACGCUGUUACGUCAGCAACGAAACUAACUUAACCCAUUUCCACUGUUGCAUCAGCGACUGAUGUUGUUUCUAAUGAAGCCAAGUCUUGGGUAAGUGCGAGGACGUGAGUCCUCCUCAGUCCCCUCAGCCGUGCGUGAAGCGUCCUGUUCCCUUGCUUUCGGCUUCACGGAUGACCGCUCUUCUCUUGAGCAAAGCUAUAGUGAAAGAAAGCGGCGGCUACGAUAGUAUGCCCGUUAGGCCUCCGACUCGUUCUUUACGGAGGGUGUGGUUUAACUGAGUUUUUUCCAUCGAUUAUAACAGAGGUGAGUGACCAUACAAGAAAAGGCUGGUAUAGUUAUAACUUGAUAGGCUAAAUCGUCUUCCGCCUAACAACCAUUAGCCAACUACUAGCAAGUUUAACUUUGAGAGACAGCUCCUUCUCCCCUUGAAGGUGUAAUCAGACUUAACCAUAGAGACUGCCCUCUAUGUCGCGUACUUGAAGUAUAAUAUAAAGAAACUAAAAACUAUCCUUUCAUCGACCGACUUUGCGUUUAUGGUAGCACAAGUGCUCGCUGGAUCCGAUAAUAAGGGGGAAGCCGACAAAGAGGAAGAAAUCAAUUGGGGUAGGUGGCGGUGGAAUUUAUGCUUCUUGGUAAUAGGGAUGAAUUCGAGUCACAACUUGUUUGAGUCUAGUAUGAUCCUAAGGGCGGACUAGAACCUAAUCUAACCUUGUUUAACCCUAAACCCAUGAUCUUCCUGACUGGGUAUCUCGUCAGCAGCAUAAGCAGUAGUGCAGCUAUGAACAAAGACAGGGCUCAGGGCUGAAGGCCCCCCGAUCUAGGGAGGCAGCGGGGGGCCUCCAGCCCCGGACCCUUUUUCCCGAUAUGCUGCCGGGCGGGAAGGCCUCCAAGCGCGCAACUUCGCGCCCUCGCGGCUUCUUGCAUGUGCCUGACAAAGCCCAAACCCUUGAGGCCGUUCAAGUGCCGACGGCUGAGGGUGGAAGGCUUCCGAAGGCGGCAAAGGGGGCAAGGGCUUGGCCCCUUUGCUGAGGUGCAUGUCCCUGACCGACCUCCCCCCGGUGUGCGGGCUCCUCACGGGGGGAGCUCCCGGGGGGUGGGAGGCCUCGGCAGGCCGCAGGUGGCAGGGCUUGACCCGCUUUGCCGUGCUGCAGCUGUCCGGCAGAACCCAAGCGGGCUCGCUUUGCCCCACUGUUCUUCGCCUUUGGUCUUCAACCCCCCGGGCGUUUGGUGGCGGCUGACGUUGCCACCCGUUUGGGGGAUGAGGGCAACCCAGCAAAAGGGGCCAGGCCUCGCGACUGUGGCCGCCUUCCCCCUGAUAGUGUCCAAGAAUCGGGACGCCUGUGAGGUACACGCGGAGAGCCGUAAGGGGGCUCCGGCUCCGCUUUUGGAGGCCUUCGCCCCCGGAAAUCCUCACACCACCGCGAAGAGGAGGGCGCGCUGACGCCGCCGCAGCUCCAUCCACGGGGGGCGAGGGGGGACCUCCGUAAGACCGGGCGAGCGCCGUAUAGACCGCAGGCCUCAGCCCUUUCUCCUUCCCCCCUAUUAUUAGGGGGAAGGGCUUGCUUGCUCUUGUGCGUCACGCUCUCACUAUAACUGAGCGCGACGGAGCUGCCUAGGGGCGGCCUUGUGAUCUGCGGCAAGAAAGUCUAUCCGCGGGCAGCCUUAUGAGCUGGGGCAAAUCCGUGGGCGGCUUUUUGACCUGAGGCAAAUCCGUGGGCGGCCGUAUGAUCUGGGGCAAGUCUGGGGACGGCCUUGCGAUCUGAGGCAAAAUGAGCCGUAGGCGCCCGGCCGAUCUGAGACAAAUCCGCAGAGAAACGGCCAACAAUUUGAGAGAAAUCCGGGGACGGCUUUAAGAUCUAAGGCAAAUCAGUGGGCACUGCAGCCCUAUGAUCGGAGACAAAUCCGCGAGCGGCCUCAUGAUCUGAGACGAGUCGGGGGGCGAUCUUAUGGCCUGAGAAAUGUCCGGGGGUGGCCUUAUGACCCGCGGCAAAUCCGCGGACAGCCUUAUCCAUGGUCUGGGGCAAGUGCUUGCACUCCGCUCCGGAUGGUCUCUGGUUCGAAUCUUGGGGGGGACUCGACUGGCAGGGAGGUGGCCCUCAGGCUGGUCGCCGCCCCACACCCAGGGGAGAAAAACAUGGGGACCGCGCUGCGCCAGACAGUGCGGGGAGAUGAGGCCCCGGGGAGCCCUCGGGGGAGCUGACGGCACCGCGCCCACGCGGUCCACCGUGUGGCUCAAAACCUUGGCCAUAACUGGGCGGCACUCGUCUGCCGAGUAGCUGGGUCGGGUGAUGCAUCAACACAGGGGGCGCCACCUCGGCAAGCUCGCAAGGCUUCAGGGCCAGGGGCUGGCCGUGUGAGGCUCGGGGGGAGCCCUCUGCGCCCGAAGUGCCAGCAGGUCGGGGCCAGGCGACCGCCCUCCCCGGAUCGGGGAGGCUUCUCUCUUCUCUCUGCUCUCUCUCGCUCCCUCUCUCGUGGUCGUCUGCGGAAAAUCUGUGGGCGGCUUUAUCACCUGAGACAAGUGCCUCGGCUCUUUUGCUUUGUUUAGCGAACACCUAGAGAGCCACUCACUGCAGGCGGCUGGCGGUGACGUGUUGGACGCAGUGGCCCCGGCUGUGUCGUGGGUCAGCUUUCUUGCGGGGGUGUGGGUGGGUUUGCGUUAGUUAUCGCCCCGUGCUGUGCGUUCUUGGUCGGCUAUCUCGAGCGGGCUCGGGUCAUGUGUGCAGUUUGGGCAUUGGUCAGCCAUCUUGAGUGGGCUCAGGUCAGGAAUCGAGAGCGGGCCAGCCGUCCCAGUUGGGUCGCCGUGCUUAGUCGAGUCGCCCGCGGUCUGUGGGCCACUCUGUAGGCCACUAGGGCGCAGCGCGGGCCGCUCCUGGUGGUCGGCUGUAGUAGUGGCUUACAAAAAAAGCCCCGCCGAAUUUUUGGAGAAAAUUACUCACUCUAGAGACCGCGGGAGCAGUGCGGGGCGUGCUCCUUGUCAAGGUGUGGCGAUGCGCUCAGGAGUCAGGAUGGCUCAGCAUAUGGGCGGGGCUUGGCGUGACGCGCGCGGCGGUCUCUCGCUCGCUCAGUCUCAAACUUAUUAGCCAACUAGCGCCGUCGGGGUCAUCGAAUGAAAAGCCAGCGGUGGCGCCAAGUCGAUGGCCUACAGCUGAGUUUUCUGGCUAGCGCCUCCGCGUAAGUUGGACCACUCCAGACCAUGCACGCGCGUCACACCGUCAUGCGCCUCGCUAACACUCCCACGCGUGUCACGCUCCUCAGCGCGUCACGCCGUCGCGCGUCACGCUCGUACCCCCUCACGUGUCACGCCCCCCAGAUGGGUACGGCGCUCGCAGGGUUCCACGGGGGGCCCCCCUUCUUGGUGCGUAUAUUUAUUUACUUUUUUUCGUUAGAUACUAUAUUUAUUUAUUUUUUUUUCUCAUCACAGUCGCUCUUGUUGUUUCUUCGGCACAAGACUCUUUAUGAAAUGCUAAUCCUACUAGCUUCUGAUCCAUUACCUAAUAAUCGUUGGUGCAUUUUUCAUGAUACUCACAUAAGUAAUACAACCUCUAAACUGUGUCGCGUCGAAAGGCGACGGCGAUAGCGAGAAGCAGGCGAUAUUCGACCGCCUCACACUACCAGAAGGUAAGCAAGCAGUUGAGCGAUUCAAGCAAUGCGAAAGGGUUUCAUUAGGGGUUUCUGAAUUUCAUCCCCCACAACCAUUCCUCACUAUUUUUCCAGUAGGAAAGAGGUGAGGGAUGUUCUGAAGCAUGUAGUUCCGUAACCUCUAACUAUCGCUCCGACAUGGUGCGUGCCUAAAUUUUGGUCGGGCAACUCUCCGAUUUUGCAACAAAAUGUUAAGAAUAUAAGGUCGCUUUCUGUUUACUUUUUUUGAAUUUGAAUUUUGCAAUGGGUGCACGUUGGAGAUUAACAAGUUUAAGUUGUGCAGUGGAGGUGUCGGUUGCUAGAGGGAGUAAUGGUGCUACUAGAAGAGACGCCAUAAGAAUGGUAUCAAGUGGGAAACUAACAAACUUUCUAGUGGGACGCCAUAAGAAUGGUAUCUAGUGGGAGUCUAAAUUUAAGUUGCAUGUCUUUUUCCCAUGUUGAGGGCAGCCGAAAGACCUCCAACUUUGAGGCUGCUGUCCCCAUCUUCUAUACAACUUUUAAGGCAGGCUGUCUGUCUCCGUCUGAGGCUGUUUGUCUUCAUCCAUCUCCAUCUUCUAAGUAUGCCCCGAUCGGACGACGAUCGUACUUUGAUGUACAGCAGUGUGGUCUAUUUUACGGACGUGUGGAGCGGAUCCAACGAGUUGUGCUCAAAUAUUGGCAAGGUCAGUGGAAAGAAUACGUUCGCCUAAAUGGCAACUCUGUGGGGGAGUUUCUCUUAUGGAUUCUGAUUCGGGGUUGGUUUUUUCUGAUUCAAAAAUGAAUCUGAUGACGGGAAGUUCGUAUUUUUAUUUGGUGAUUUCUCUGAUAGUUGCUAGAGGACUACGUAAUGGCAUGCCUACAUACAUCGUUGACAAGAAUAGAAGGUCAAGAUUGUCUUUUCUCAAGCUAUCUUCCAAUUUUGCGUCAAAGCGCGUUUUUCUUUGAUCUACCGGGUUACGCGCGCAUUCACAUCAAAGCGAUUUUGGGCGAGGAUGAUGCUGCGGUCGCUUCCCCAGAAGACAAGCGUCUGAUUGUUAUGGCUUAGGCUUUUUCGAUAAUAUGGCUUUUGUUGUAAUUCGGUGCUUAGCUAGGUAGAAGUCUUUCCAAAUGUUGCAAGAGGAUCGAAUAAGACUAACGAGGCUUAUUUGAACUGUAGAGAAGCAAAGUUUGAAAUACGGCGAUGCUCAUUGAAAAAACGAACAGUGUUACGUAGAAAAAGGACAAAAAUCUUCUGUUCUCAUUGGGGGUCACUCCCUUCCCCUCUUCUAAGAUUAGAGAGCUCAAGACCGCUUUCGACACUGAACAGGCGUACCGAGAAGCAGAGGCAGCAAAAGGGCGUGCGGACGCUUCAGAAGGCAGUUUAUCCGCCUCAAGCAGAGAGGAACCACCGGCACCGACUGCUGGUGCUGCUUCUGUCGCCGAGGCCACCACAGUAGGCGUCGAGCCGCCAGCUGUGUCUGUAUCGGCCGUAGCCUUGGCGCAGCUCUUUGAGCGGUUCUUUGGCAUGAUUCCGGAGCCGACUGAUGUAAGCAUCCCCAAAGGUGAUGCCGGGUUGCGGUUGCAGCAAGCGGUAUUCUUGUAUCUAUGGCUGUUGGGUCUUACAUGUUUGUGCUUGAAAUUAUACUGUAGCAAUAAAAGGUAGGUGGAACAUCAUGGUUAGAUGUAGGAGGAACGCGAUAUUAACACUUCUCGGGAGAUGAAAGCUCAUCGAGAAUGCGAGUACUUUCAACAGUAAAAAUGAUCCACGGAGUGACGUCUGUUCUUUCGACAAGGUACUUACUAUUACAGUUAAGAAUUCACUUCUAAUUUACGGUGCAAAUUUUGACCGUAGUACGUAUCUCAAGAACUGGUCGGAGGACGCAAAUCAAGCACCAGCUAGCAAACCAGAAGGCCCCAAAGCGAACGACUGGGAGAAAGCGAGGCUCUUUGUUUGGAUGAAAGAACUACCAGAGUCAGAACGUGAUAAACGUGCAGAUGGGGGGGAGCCCGGUUGGGAGUGGAAAGUCGUCCGACGGGUGCUGGAUUUGCUUCUCAAGAUUAUGACAAGACUUAGAUAGGUGUGCUGGAUUUGCUUCUCAAGAUUAUGACCAGACUUCGGUUCCCUCGACCGUAACAUUAGACCUUAGACAGGAUAGCCAAUGGCUAAGCCUUACGUUACACUCACUCCGGCAUGCACACUAGCAUGCGAGUCACCUAGUGCCCUAGCACUUACUCUAGUAGACUAGUGCCUCUAGCAGUUCGUUCGUUCAGCAAAAUCGAUUCGAUCGUACGAUCGCAAAUCCUUUAAACCUAAAACCUGGAUUUGCUUCUCAAGAUUAUGUUCUUCUACGAAAGUAGUAGUUUACCCUCUUCGUAGUAGAUCACAGGAAACUUGUCAUGAUAAUGUGAUGUCAAAGCGAUAUUAACCAAAAGGAUAACCAAGGAGGAGGGUAGCUAAGAUGAUUUUUUCUAAAAGGUCAAGAUACAUCGUUGUCGAGGCUCUCCCUAAGGGGUACCUCUUCACUGAAUGGCCUCAUGCAUAGACGCGCAAUGCUAUAAAAGCGGCGCCAUGACAUGGCAUUGAGUGAAAGAUGAAGAACUGAGUAGCUUCUUCUAAGAGAAAGUCGAUCGAAAAGCGAGAGAUGGUGUCGGGAGAUAAAGGGAAGGUUGCUAAGGCAUUCGAAGACCAAGGUCAAGUUAUGGCUGCAAGCAGAAAGACUAUUUAAUAUCAAAGACAGCACAGGGAGCACUUUUCACCCCUGUAUCUAGACAACUAGGAAGUCUUUUAUCUACUUUAAAUAUGUUUUCGAGAACGACUGAUAGUGAGUCUUUUCAUUUCAAAAAUGUGACACUGUGAGUUACGUACUAAAUGCGCAUUGUUCAUCCACCAUGCACAUGCACACUGUAAUCUUGUACUUGCUGACUUACAUACCUAGAUACUGAUGUAAGCUAUGCCCAUUUUCGUCUAAUACUCGUGGGCAAAAAGAGUGGAAUCCAGUGGCUGUGGAACCGUAUCACCCAUCUGAAGGGAGCAUGCUUGCCAAGAGCGUUUUCGAGUGGCCAGAAGAAGUUAGGGCUCGUGGUCGUAACCUCAGAAAAACACAUAGGCUCGUCUAAGUGUACUAUUCGAUAUCAACUUGAUAACAGCAAGCUUCAAUCUAACGCUAGUUACCUGUAGUAGCCGCUGGAUAGGUAGAAAUGUUAUUGGUAUCGUCAUGUCGCCGGUGAUCUAGGAGUAUCACUAGGGAUGCCAAUCAAUCAAUCAAUCAAUCAAUCACGGAUGCAGAUGUGAGAGUGUAUGUUGUACCUACGAUGGAUCUUCCAAUGGCCUUCUAAGCUCCGAAAAGAAGAAGAUCUGGGUGACCGAUUAUCAGGCUGCAUGUUCUUCCAGAUGCAGAUGCGUCUGAGAGCCGGACGGCCUCCACUGAACGUUAAGAAGAUAAUGAGAACAACAUGAACUCAACAGAUCUUCUUUGGUUUGAUUUAUCAUUUCGCCCUUGGCUAAACCCUUGAUAUGCUUUCUAGUAAGGAUAUGGAGAAGGCAGAGUCCGUCCCUAACUACAUGCCUUGUGACUAUAAGAAGAAGACAGAGCAGAUCUCCUCCUCUAUCCUGUAUCCUCUAUCCUCUAGGCCGCUAAGAAUAGCAAGUUACUUAAAUUUUUUCAGUUUUUCAGAGAUCUUCUCCUCCUCUAUCCUCUAGACCGCUAAGAAGCGGAGGCCGGUGAAAGACGAGUUUGGAAUUUUGGAAGAGAAGCCGCACUUAUUGACCUCCUCGAUCGGUGGGUUCCCCUACGUUCUCGACCAGCACAUGGACCCUAAAGAGUGGGCUAAAUUUACGACGAGUUUACGCAAAAGGGACGAUUGUCGAACUUUUCAUUUGAACAACGGGAAAUGAUACAAGUCUAGUGCUUCAUCCAGUGGUAGUAAGAUAUACGAUUACGACGGCGAGUUCUAUAUGAAAAGGUACUCCAUCCCAAGUUAAAAUCGAAAUUGUAGCAGUAGUAACAAAGUGCAUACUGAUUAAUUUUUGAGUCACAACCACUUACUCACUUGUACUAUGAGCUCUUCCUUAGAUUGUCGACGCUUUAUCGCCUUCGUCGUCUCGCUUUCGUUUUCAGUCACUUUGUCUAGUAUGGUCGUUUCUUCGAAUUCAUAUACGUCUCUACAUUUUCUCAAAACAGCCCACAGCUAAACACUCAAAACUUAGAAGGUACCACGCACUUCACAAGGUCUAUUCAAACUCCUCUUUCAUCAUCCGGUACCCGACACUGGAGCUGGUUACGCCACGUCAUGUGUAUGGCAUUGCCGCUGCUGAGAUUUUGGCGUUUCCGAUUACGGAGGAUCCCGCUGAGAAGAGAUUUUUCCUCGUCUAUGCAAUAGCACAGCAUGCUCCGGGAGAUGGGUCUACUUUUGUCUGGACGGGUCGUUCGCGCCACGAAGUGAGUUUAAGAACAAAGAGUUCUUCUUGACUGUAGUGCUCGUUCACGUCAUGAUUGAAGAUUGAUGAAUUUGAAGGUGAAGAGUACAUCUUGCCUUUGAUCCAAAUGACGACUAUUUACCUAGAGAGAGUAGCGCACGAUGAAGGUUAACAUAGCCUCAAAGUUUGUAAUGAGCUGCGUGUAUCCUUGAAAUACUGUCAGACCACGUCUCUACGGCCACCAUGAACGAUGGCAACAGGGACAACAGCUUGCAGGUUUUUAACAUAGCUUUUAGCUAGUCUAGGGGGACCGGAUGACCUUCCCUCGCUCUCCUCAUUAUCACCGCUAAUACCUGCCAAGGACGUCGCAGUGAUCGUGAACCAGGGCGAUGUGGUCAAGAGCGAGGACGUAGUAAAAUACGCAACCUUAAGGCUCAAUAUUAUUUAUUUCAUUUUGUCUACAACUUGUAGACUACAAGUCAUUGUAGUUCUCUUUUCAUUUCAUCUGGUAGAUAACAAGCCAUUUUCAUUUCUCCCUAUUUCCUUCUUGGGACUACAAUUGGGAGAGUAAAUGAAGGGGACAAGGAUAUGAAGCGAAUUCUUUUUCAGUAGCAAUGUUCAUUCUUUCAUUUUCAGUACCAAGGUUUGAAACUUUGCUCUAACAACAGGGGCCAAAGCAGGCGAUGGUGGUCUCCAAGUGCUUGAGCCAUUCGCCGAUGAUUACGCCUGUGAAGAACUUUUUAGGGUCAAGGAGGGCCAAGACAAAGAGGCAUGCAGAAAGGAAACGCCGGUUGGUUAAGAGAAAGAGUGGUAUUGUAUUUAGUCUAAGCUGACCUCCCGUAUCUUCCCACCGAUGGCCUGGUAUGGUCGUUUGGGAUGCAGUAUGAUGGUGAUGACCUUCUUUUUGUUUUUCUGGUUAGGCUGGCUUCACCACUAUACUGUCUAAACCAUCUUGGAUAGAUUUAUUCCAGGGAUGUGAAGAUGAGUGUCAAGAACAGAGUGAGCAUUCAAGAAUAACUAAACUCAGGGAUUCAUUCUUUUGAUCGGAGACCCCUGAUUCGUUCGUAGGAAUCUUCACUCACUCACUCACUCACUCACUCACUCACUCACUCACUCACUCACUCACUCACUCACUCGCUAAGUUGCAAAGGCACCCGGCGGAAUGUUAGUGGAGCACGUGUUACUUCCUGAGCGAUUGUUGCACUUGCUCAACAUGAUUCCUGGUCGCCAAAUCACGCCAGGCCAAGAGCCGACUCUUAAGGCCAAGAAAUUUUUGUAGUAAUCCACUACUGUAGUUCCUUUUUGGAAUGUGCUGUUCCUUCCAACUGGUCAUGUCUGAAAACGUUCAUUGUGAAAUUUAUUGUUCCUGUACUAGGUCAUCUUCAUCCAACGCAACCCUAGUUCAUCUAACCUCCCACGCCAGAAGAGCGCGCGAAAGAGAUUGCUGAAUCGCAAGAUUUACCGAUUGCGUACGGAUUGUGGAUUGCGGAAGCGGCCUGUGGCUUUGGAAACGGGCACACGACGACUGCAUGAUUUUGCCAAGUUUGAGGAACUCACGGAGGAAGAACAAACAGCGUGUUUGGAAAAAUUUGUUAUGGAAAAGUGACUUUCCGCAAAAGAUACAAGACAGUUUUCUAACUCUUAGGGAGAAUAAGUUUCUUGAAUUCUAAGGCCAAUGAAAUUGUUAUGGAAAAGUAGCAGAAGAGAAGAUAUGAUUCAUACUGUUCGUACAACUGUACUUUCUUGUACAAAAAAAUCCUCUGUUUCUUUAAGCUCUCCUCUUCUAAGUUGAAAGACGAUCCUGUCGCUAGUCAACGUGGAGAAAGCAGGUUCUGGAUGCCAUGGGAGACUUUUGUUGAUGCUGGCGUCGACUUCAGGCUGUAUAAGGACCCAGCGGACAUGGCCAAAACGUUUCUUGACGAAGGCAAGUAUAAACUUAUGAAGAACAGUCGUUGAAGAGGUUGUCAUGUGUGUACUGAUAAUUUCGUGGCUGAUGCAAGUUGUUCUUUCAUAUUCUCAAAUUGUGACUCACUUCUGUGUGUCUUCUCCAUCUCCAAGACGUAGGUACCAGAAAAACUGUGUACCAGUAGUAGUGCAUAUUAGUAUAGUCCAAAAGGAAAAUAGGAUACAGUCAUUUUUACUUUUCAUGUUGAGUGCGUGCUCGAAUCUUCAGUCCGAGUUCUCCAAUCUCUCUAAUGAAUUCCAUCAUGAGGUCGCUAUGUUUGAACUCCCGAGUUGGGAGUACGUGAACCGACAGCUUGCUCUGCGUGUCAACCCCCAAGGCGAUGCAGAUGCCGAGGAUGAGGUCGAUGACGUGGUGGAAGUGAAAUUGUAAGGCUUGGUGUGUAGUAGAAGUGAAAUUGUAAGUUUGAGGGCUUGGUGGAUGAAGGAAUCUUAGGUUAAUGUUGGUAGGCCUAGGUCCUUUUUCUGACGGUUGGAUGAAGGAAUCUUAGGUUAAUGUUGGUAGGCCUAGGUCCUUUUUCUGACGGUUUCGACCUAGUUCCCUAGGGUCUGGUCACCCUCAAAUCGGAGACAAGUCGGAGACAAAUGGCGUGACAUGAAGAUCACGAUGAAGUAUAAUUGACUUGGAAAGUAGUUCUAGCGAAGAAUUAAGAGUAGGUUAAAGGUGCUUUUCUUACCGCUUUUUAUGCCUCUCCUAAGGGAGAAAGGCAUAAAAAGCGGGGUAAGCGAGCACCAAAAACCUACCUCUAAAAGAAGCACUUUGUGGAUUAAUCCACGACCAUAGAGUCAAAAGCAAGAAUGCAUCAUUUUGUCGUUUUUGGAUUGAGUAAACGUGUGUCAUCUGAGAAAAUCCAAAUUAUGAAUUCGACUCCCCUAGUCUACUUUUCGCCUUUUCAUUUUCCGCUUGCGGAAGCAGUGGCCAGUGCUUCCGCGAAGCAGUUUGCACUUGCCCAGGCGACCGCAGCAGCCACCACCGAAAGCAAUGUUGUACGUAGUAAAACAGCACCUGAAUUCCAAAAAUGCAUGUCUAAGAAACCAUCUGAGGAAGGUGCUGGAGGCGGAGGUGAUGCUGCAAAAGAUCGCGAAUACGGUUCUCUUUGUGCUAUGGGUCGUGUACUAGAUUGAUUAUCAUUUUGAACAUGACGUUGACUACAUGAGGUCAUGAUCCACCUGUUGAGAUGAAAAAAGCUUGCGUUUCUAAGAAUAACGUCCUGAUCCAGGAGGAAAAAUGCGUGCAAGAUGUAUUGGGCACAAAGGACGACUCACAAAAGCUUCUCACCCGUCCGACCAAGAACCUGGACGUGCGUUUCAGAUCGCAGUUGCCUAAUGUGUUUCAGUACACAGUGAACGUGCAAGGACAAGUGAAGACACUGGCCUUGGACACAGCUACUGUUAAGGCGGCCUUCCGUAAACGUACUCUACGUUGUUCAGAAGCCUCUUACUGAAUAGAGAUGUUGGAAAAAUGGUUCUCAGAUAUUGUAUUCUGCUGUAUUGUAUUGCACUGUACUAUUUCGCUGUAUUGUAUUGUCUGGCGUUCAAGAUGGGUAUGGGUGAGCUCUAAUGCUGCCUUUCUCUUCUACUACACCGACGCACGCGGACCGCUGACGGUGACCAGGAGAGGAGUGACCGAGGCUUUGGGCCAUCCAGCUUCGGUGACGAAGGAAGGCGAGAAGUGUCUUCAAAGGCCACAGCAUCUGCGGUUCGACAAUGUUGUGGCCGAUCCGAGCAGCUUGAUGGUCGCCCGGGAUGAGGUCGCUGCGAGUGUUAAGACUCUAUUAUCUUCUGUUCCAAUUAUCUACUUUUAUUGUCGGAUGAAAGAAACGUCCGCCUUUGCAAUUGCAGAAAAUAAACUGUUUCAUUCCAUCAGCCAUGUAUUGUCAGAGGGUUUAGGGUUGUAUUGUCAGAACAACUAUGAAAGAUUACCUCCUCGUCCCCAAAGGACCCCAGCGAGGACCCCCAAAUUGCAGCAAGAACCUCAAAGAAUCGGAAGAACAGAGACUAAGGCAGAAGUUCUUCCAUUUGUUCUAAUACAAAAAGCAGUGAGUCCGUGAGUGCUGGCGACGAAGAUGUGCGAUAUUUGCAAGCUGGAGAUAUCGUGCAAGAGAAUUUCGGUAAUUGCUAUCUCUACGCAGCAUUGCAGAACUUUGCCAGGCUUGGGUGGCUAACAGAAAUUCCAGCCGAGUCGCCGGUUGGACUCUACAAGUACGGCUAGAUUUUUUACAGCUUUCUCCUACUGUAGUUUUGGAGGACAUCUAUCUUAGUUUUGAUAGGCAUAGGGGGAAUACAUGACAGAUGUCGGGGGUCCUCGUUUCAAGGGCGUAUCUCACUUAGCCGUAACUGGGAAAUUAGCGAUGUAUUAAAUGAAGACCGAGAUGAUCUCCUGUUUGUUAGAAGGCCCUAUACCCCUGACAGUUAGUUUUUUAGGAACAAAGGCGGCAGGACAUGGCAUUUCGUUCUAAUACAAAGUGCGCAUGUUUGUGGAUGGCUUGUGGAGGGACAUAGUAGUGGACGAUCGAGUACCCUCAAAGCCCGUACAACGGAUGAUCAGGCCAGGUGGGGCGACCGUGAAGAGUGAGCUUAAGGGUGAAGAAGUCCUUAAACAUAUCUGUAGAAAGAUCCAUCUUGGGCCAGUCAGUAGUUCAGGAGUUUCUGAGAUACUUUGACACAGGGUAGAAGAUUUGUUGUAUCUCUUGGUAUUCUGACAACACGGUAAAAAGUGUUACCGUGGAGAAUUCUAUGGCCUUAUGAGUGAAGGACGCGUUCCCUCUAACCAUUCCCGUUGCUUGUGUCAAUCUCAGCAACCUUUCGCUCCAGUCGCUAUCCACCUCUUGAUCAAGGCUGCGAGCAAGAUUGUGGGAAACUAUGAUCAUCUAGUGGGUGGUCAGGUCGGGCCGACGUCCCGAGCUCUCACUGGCGCUGAUAGGCCUAUACUUAUGAUCUACGGAUUCUUUUUGAAGAUUUGAUAGAAGACGGGGGUGGCUUUUUCUUAUGUCAAUGAUGCGUGUUAUGAAGACGGUGUGACUGUAAAAGCCACUUCCCACCACGUCGGCAGGACUUCCAGAAAGGUAGAGUUUCCUCAUUUUGUUUCUCAAGUGCAAAUACUUCGCGUGCAGGGUUCGCAGUGUUGUACUCCGUCUCGGCUUGAUUACUUAGAGAAGUUUCCGCAGUUUCCUCAGUUCUUUCCCAAAAAGUUGCGGACACCUUCUAACUUCUGUUUCAAGUCUUGGUCCUGGUUAUCUGCGGCUAUGGUCGGCCAAGCUUCAUCCUCGACGUGGUUGUACAAAGGUGGAUGCGGGGCUUACGCUGUAAAUUUCAACACUUUACGAAAGCACCAAGAAAUCGAAUUGUAGAUCUUCACUUUUGAAGAGGACGACUUCUAGAUUAGCCUGGAUCUACAGCAGGACAAUACUGAAUAGUAGUAGAAUGUAAGCAGCGUUAUAUUUAGUAGUAUAGUACUAGUGUAGUAGUAUAGUAGUAGUAGAAAAGAAUAAUAGUAUAUACAUACUCUUCACCGAGUAGUACACAUUUACUGAAUAGUAGUAGAAUAAUAGUAUAGUAGGCCACGGGGCGGCCUAGUAGCAGAUUUGGAAGGAGUAGAAUCUUCUUAGCAGGACGACUGAAGUAGAUUAGCCUGCUUUCUGGAAGUAGUUUACCCACUUCAUUUGAAGCAGCCACUUCAAAAGAAUCUACUUUUUCUCGCCUGAUUUCCUCCUAGAAGAGUUUUUCUUCCAGAUCCUAUGAAGUAUUUUUAUUUCAUAGCGCUUCCUUGCCAGAAAUCUUCAGAGCUUACUUAGCAGAAGUGUGUCAUCCACCUGUGGAGCACUAAUCUGUGACACCAUAGCUCUAGUUCUUCAUGCUAAUGGUCUGGAAGUAUUUUCACAUAUUAGGCAUAAACAUGAAGCCAUCGCGGAGAAAUCUGAAUGACUCUAGUUCUUGUCUAGACUAUAACAUCCAACAAGAACUCGAGUCAUUCAGAUUUCUCCGCGAUGGCUUCAUGUUUAUGCCUAAUAUGUGAGAAUACUUUCUGUGACACCAGAGCUCUCAUACUUCCAGACCAUUAGCAUGAAGAACCACUAGCAUGAGGAACAUUUCUAAUCUAGCAAGGAUACGAAGAGUGUGCCCGAAAAUCAAAUGAAGACCAGCUGGCGGAUCCGCGGUUGUGCGAGCUGUGGGUCUCACCCGUCACCCGUGUCCAAUGGUUACUGCUUUUAAGGCAUUCGACGAUCAUGGCGAUUUCAUUUGUCCGUUGUUGUGAGUUGGGUGUACAUAACAGAUAAUCCAUACUAUCUAUUUGUACAGUACUAUUGCUUCAUCCUUGAGGUUAGUACAUAGUACUAGUGCCCGGUUCUUUUUCUGGCUAGGACUUUACCGGAACUUGUACUCGAGUUGCAGUAGCUUACUCGACUCAUUCUGCAUUUCCAGCCAACAUAUUGGUAUUCAUGAUGUACUUAACCAAGUAAGCUAGUACAUCAAGACGAAGUAGCAUUUGUACGGCCCGCUCAUCUCUCUAAAUCCAAAAGCGGUAAAGCGCAAAUGGAAGUGGUUCCAACGUUUUCGGGUCACUCCUGGUGGCGGCAAUUGGCUUGGUUUCACGGAACACACGUGGGGACUUUCCAGUAUUAAUUUCUUGCCGAAGGACGCAUUAGAGGCAAUACAGGUGAUACUUGAGAUUACGGCUUCUCCUACCGCGUAGAAAAGUGCUAUAGUAUAAAUCCUACUACGUAGUAGAACUAGAAGUGUUGAACAAGGCUAAUGAAGUUGAAGUUCAAAUAACCGUAUAGAGGAUGCAGAAUCUUCACACCUAGUAGCUACUAGAAGUACCUUAUUUUUCUCAUCUAAUAAUAGGCCUGCAUCGAGAGAAGGGGCGGGAACGAUCUCGAUAGAGCAUGCUGCACUCCUCAGGGCUACUAAGCAGGCAUUGAGUGCAAUGGCUGAACUUCGCAAAGAAGUGGAAGUAGACCAGAGUGAAGUGGUUGAGGCUGCAGUGCCUCCUGGUUCCGCGGCUGCUUUUUUGCAGACCAAAGCAGCAGAAGGAGAAGCAGUGGCAGAAGAAACCGGAGUGGGCGCAGGUGCGGGAGCAGGACUAGCUAAAGAGCUACCGACCCCAUCGAUCACCAUUGUGGCGCUGACGGUGCUCCAACGCAAAGUGAAUGGUCAGCCACCUUUUGCAACGCCUUACGGCAAUGCUUUAUUUUUAAUUGUUCACGUGAGCGUUGUUGUUGUUAAAGGAGAAGCUUACUUUGUUUUACACAUCAUUCGUUCAAAUUUUAGCUCGUAGUAACCUUAUACUUAUCCGUUCAUGAUAUACAUCAUUCGUUCACAUUCGAUCUUUUACAGAAUGAACCUCAACACUAUCCCACUUUACUAGCAAUUCUAAUUCAUAGAAGAACUGGAAGAAGCCGGCAAGAAAAUGUUGGCGGACUUGAAAAGUCAUGAAAAUGACGACUAUUACAUGGACUUCUUGCUGAAGGGUCGGCAUUUUACGGUAAUGCACCCAGCUACGAUCAAACCUGAGCAGUUAUGAACAAGAUGGAUGUGUUGACGGACUGACCCUGACUUGAUGCAUGUGUGAAGAUUGUGCAGAUCUUCCUUUAGCAUUCACAUUAAAGGCGUCUAAGUAGGGGUCCUUUAGUGUUCACAUUAAAGGCGAAGAGUGUUCGGGGAUUUUUAAGAGUAUUUAGAUAGAGUUGUAUUGUUCAUCGUAUGUUCAUUGUUAUUGCCUAGUAUUCACAACUUCUACCUUCUCCUUCUCUGUCUCCCAGAGGUAGAAGUUGUGAAUAGGCACUAACUACAACUUCUCUGAGAGAGUUCUUUCUCUCCGUUCAUUCCAAAAAGACGAGACCGAAAAUAUCGUGAAUGCGGCUAAGUGUGGUUUUUAUCGUCUGCGGUCUCGGUUGCAGGACCUCUAUGCUGGAUUGGGGGAGGACGAUGAGGAGGAAAAAGCUUCUGAAGAGAUGGCUGUUGCUGGGGGUGGUGUUAAGGCUGUCUAUAACUGUGUCUUGGCUAUUGUAGUUGAUACGAGAAGAAGCAGAAUCAAGAAGAACAAGAAGACCCAGUCUUGCUAGUGAUUCACAUUUUCAUGUGUCUACGGGAAACAAAAUGAAAUCGAAUGUUGAUGUUACUCUUCCCAACAAGGAUGUGGGUAUAGCUGAUGUUUAAAGCCCUAAAAAUUCCGAUGUCGCGAAUGGAGCUGGUUCGGCUGAAGUCCCAGCUGCUGAAGCUGGAAGCUCGUUUCUAAGUGGUGUUGGUACACUCAGUCUUAUAACCAAGCCUCAUGGAGGUGAGAAGUUUCAUUUGCCAGAAGUGGCUACUCUAGUCCGUGCGUCGUCAUUCCUGUACGCAGGUGAAGGGGGAGGUGAAGUUGUUAGUGCAGAUGCCGAUGCGAGCUUGAACGCGGCGAGCUUGAACGCGCGACGAGGACUAUGGGCAAAAUUUAACAGCACUCGUAGCCUAACUCCUGAUAUGGGUUGAUGUGUGCGCAAUUUAACAGGACCACGCAUCUGUCUCAUACUAGGUCUAGAAAUAUCUCGUACCUCAACCUCUACUACUUUCGACCAAGUCAGUAUUUACUUAAGUAUUCUUCUAUCAAUUAUCUUUCUAACAACCGGUACUAGUCCUCAAGGCCCACCUCAGCCUAUGGUGACCGCCGACGCAGCCGCAGAGCCAAAAUCAAAAAAGAACUUUAUCCCUCCCCGGUUCAAAGCCGCACACCUGCUGGAUUUCUCGUUUUCAUUUAAGGCCAAAUCUAGCGUACACAAACCAAACAUUUGAUCAAGUCUGACCCAGCCGACAAAGUCUGACUAAUCAGACCAUCUCACUGAUAUCAUACGCCGGUGAGUAACUAACCAGAUCACUUGGAGCGCCUCUUGUUCGUUUUGAAGGAAUCAGUAACAAAUGAUUCAGUUGUACUAUGAAGGAGACUCGUUUUCGUUCUGAACGGAGGCAGUACUAGUAAGGAGUCUACUCUUUUUCAUUCCGAACGUACACACAGCGCAUAACGAAUCAGUGACAAAUAUCAUUUUCGUUCUGAACGUACAAAACUACGAGCAUCUAAUCUUACGCCGAUAGGGGAACAAUUUGAAGGUUCAGCGGUUGCAGGUUUGAUUCCUGGCCACGCGUACUCGAUUGAAGCAGUGGAAGUUUUUGCUGUGCCUGUUAGGAGAAAUAUACUUAUUCGAAAACUCAAAAUAACCGAGUUACUGACUGAAAUCAGGAAGGUAGCGCAACUUCAAGGCUACUUUUCCUUUUCAUCUUCAGCAUCUUGGUUACUCUGGUCAGUUACUUGCUUAUUUCAGUUUCUCGAAUAGUCUACCGUCUUUGAAAAGAGCUGCUAGAGGUUCCGUCCAGCCUGUUGUAUAUAUCAUCUCAUCGUGAAACAGACAGAGUGGACGUUGACAAAAGCUUCCAUAUUUGUUCGAUCGUCUCAUCUUUAUAUAUGUUCCAGAGCGCGGGGGGGGCCGGGCGCCCUGGCCCCCUUUUUGAGGCCUCUGCCGGGGGGGGAAGGCCUCAAAAGGCCCCCCGCACCCCCCCCUGUGCCUUUCCAGGUGCUUGGGGUCCCCUAGAGGCCUCGGACGUAGGUGGAAGGCCUCAAGAGGGCCGCAAGGGGGGCCGUCUCCGCUUCCUCCCAGCUGCUCGGCUGUCCCGCAGAGGCCUCCGACGUAGGUGGAAGGCCUCAAGGGGGGCCAGGGGGCUCGCUGCCUCCUUCUCGCUACAUCUUCUCUUUUUUUCUAAUCCCAAAUUUUUCGGAGAUCCGGGAUCCAGCGGAUCCGGUACAACUGCGAAGUUCACGGUGAUGUACGCUGUGAAGUUGCGGAACCCACAUGGGAACAUCCAUUCUGUUUGGAAUCCGUUCCACGUGACACACAAAGUACUAGUGGACCCAAAGGACCCUAAUGCAGGGAAAAAGGAUCUAGAAUUUAUGGUUUCAUAAUUUCAGAUGACCCUCCACGUCCUGAUGGACCAAAAGUGGACCUAGAAUUUACGGGUCGUGAUUUCUAGAAGUUUCAUUAGUUUCAGACCCAAGGUGGCGGUUUCUCGUCACUUGCAUAUUUGAGUUACCAUGCGAUGCUGCUGGUGAUGAUUAUAGACUUCUUCUUCAUGAUUUUGGAUGUCGGGAUGGCUAUCUCUGCUAACCUGCAUUAUAACCCAGCAGCACAUCGACCUUCAUUCUCUAAUGAAAAUCCGAAAUGGCCUGAGCCGACCUUUGCGGAAGACGCUGUGAAGAAAAUCGUUAAAAAAUCGGCGGAUGGACGAGACCAGUUUGUUUUCGAUACGACCAUAGCAUGUGCCGCAACACCGAUUUGGGCAGAUCCUGGGUUAUGGAAUCAUAAGACUUUUAUUCUAAAAACUACAUACUCAGAAAUCUACAUACAACUCAGAAAAUCAAAGUAAAAGUAGAAUGACAGUCCCACUUCUUCACGUACUAGUAAAAGUAAGUAGAAUGACUCCACGUAUCAGAGCCGUUCGGUCUACUCUCUGAUGGUACUAAGUAAGUAGAAUGACAGUCCCACUCCACGUACUAGUAGUGAUGUUUUCAGUAUGGUAGCGAUGUUGCGCACGAGGUAUAUGUGUGGUAGAGGAGUGCCGAUACUAGUCGUCCUCGCUCUGUACAUGAAAUUAUCAUGUUUCUACCUACUGCAGUUGCUCUACGUGCAGUAAGAGCAUCUCAAGUACUACUUAGUAGUCUACAGUGGACAUUUUUUAAGCAUAUGUCUAACACAAGUCGGACAGGCAGAGGCUAAGCAGGUGCCAUGCUCCAGUGCGGACUUCGUCUUCCAUGCUCUGAAUAGUGCACGAAUUCACUUGACUAGCCAAGAGUUCGGUGAAGAGAUCGGGCUUUCGGUGUUACACUUUGGGAACAAAGAAACUGCUGCUGCUGCCAUUUCCAAAAAGUUUGGUUAUGAUUUCCGGAGAUCGAUGAUGUGGUUUGUUACCUCACAAUGAAUGUUUCUUGACUAAGAGAGAAACGAGGAGCUUUUACUUGGAAGUUGACUACACAUCAGAGACUGAGCCCUUAUAUGUGAGAUGACACCUUGCUCUAAUUUCUCGGCAAAGCAACAGAAGACUUCCGUGACAAAUUGCUCAAGGAUGGACCCCUCUACACCAUCGACCCCAACUGCAACGGUGCCCUUCUCACUGAGCCAGCGGCGCCUGUACUUAAGAACAAAGGACUGGACAAGAACAACAUCGUUUUAUCUUCUCAACAAUCAACCUUAUACUAUGUUAAACAAGGAGAAUGAUCAUUCGGCUUUUCGGUUGGGCUUUAUCAUCAAUAUAGCUUACAGGAUCAUUUACAUCUGGGCUACAGCUCUUUCAUAUUUUAUGCGAUAUAGGCAAGAAGGCGCUGUCAUAAUUCAAAUGCGAGGUUGAAAUGUUUGCUUUCUCUGCGCCCACCGCUGCUGGUGCGUCGAACUAAUCGAAAAAUUUGUAAGUAAUUGUAACUGUAAUUGCUAGGUCGUGGUGUUCAUUCAAGGGCUUCGCUGUCGUCUCUAAUGUAGCGCUGGCUAGCCGUGCUGCAAAGGACAUCUACUUCGAUUAUGGCACACAGUAAAUUCAAAAAGUUUGGGAUGUUCUAUAGGACCAUAGGAAGAUGCAAGACGACCAGUAAGGUGUUUUAUCGUCGUAAGGGUAAACGCACAAGAACAUUUAUGUACUCACUUAUAGCACCAGAAAAGUCAAAGUCUUCUAAGGAAUCAACUACAACCUAGCCACGAGUCUAACCGUAGACCCACACCGCUCUAACAAAUCUCUCACACGAUCUCUCUGACGGAAGUAGAGCGGAAGGAAUGCUUACGCGAGUACACGAUGAAAGCGAACGCUUUUGACCAUGCUCAGAGUUUCUUUUGGGUACCUUGGCGGUCGUUUACUUAUGAUUUGUAGCUCAGAAGUGGAAGUCUUGUUGAGAUCUAUGCAGUUCUUGAGGUACUAGAGACCAAAGAUAGUCAACUUUUUACUUGGAAUGGUAAGUAGUCAACUUUUUACUAGAAUGUUGGGUGCUGGAAUGGUAAGUACUCAACUUUUUUUCUUCGAAAAUUUCUAAGUUAUGCAAGCUGCGGGACGAACGCAGGAACUCCGUGCGCAAGGCGCGGACGCGAAUUAUGCUUUAUACUUGGACUUGUUUCUUGUUUGUAGUCAAUAUCUAAUAAAUAUAUCUUUCAUCGUCUAGAACAAGCUAUUUUAGUUGGAUCGAGCGCGUAGAUGUGUAGACCACAAGUUAGGAUCUAGUCUUUCCUGAUGAGACGAAAGCUAUACUCAUGAUCUACAUUGGCUUAGUGUUCGAGUACCUAUAGGGGCGCAUUGCCACUUAAUUUAUGACAACUUCGGAUAAAAAUCAUAGUACCCUCUAGUUCCUCUAAUCCUUGAAAAUGCAAAUCACAGAUUAUCGUCUACCCCCUUUCGACUACCUUGAGCGGAAUCAGGCUCUGCGUGUUGUGCCCCUUGCGAAUAUCCAGGGUGAUGUGUAUACAGAGGGGUAUGCGCAUCAAGUGCAUAGCAAGAGGGAUGAGAUGAUUCAAGUUAUGUCGAUGAUCGUAACUACGUUUGCUAAAAGGAAUGAAAUGACUAAAGUUAUGAAUGAUCGUAAUUAGGUUUGCUAAGAGGGAUGAGAUGAUUCAAAUUAUGUCGACGAUUGUAAUUCUAAUUUGGCAUGCUAAGAGGGAUGAAAUGAUUAAAGUUAUGUUGAUGAUCGUUGCAAUAGGGUUUCUUUAUGUAGCUUCAUGUCGAUGUUGGUAGAUGCCUUAUAAAUUUCCUUGUGCGUGGUCGUGCGAUGGUCAACUAGUAGUGGCAUGUUCAUAUCGAGUGAUCAUUGUUCUGAAGUUGCAAAAAACUCUAACCUUUCCGAAGACGAGAGGAUAGCGAGAGCGGCUGGACGAAACGUCAUUCCCGGAACCUGGAAAUUUGAGGCUCUCAGAGCUCCUGCUUUACGUGCUCCGCUUCGGAAGGUGAUGAUUAAGGCAACCAAGAGAUGAGCAUCCUUAGCAUCCUGGAGAAUUAUGGCCUAGGCAUGGGAGAAAAAGGGCCUAGGCAUGGCCACAUGGAUGCUACGCUGCAGCUCUAAGAUGAGGAGUGGCAGUGGUGGCCUUGAGCUUGAGGCGGAUCCUUUGCUACACAAUAGAGUGUCCAUGGGAGUCAAUGGAGCAGUUUUCUUAAGGCGAAGCUAGUAAAAGAAAUUUGGAGGUUCUAACUGCUUAGACUAUCAGAUUGGUUGUAAGUUUCAAACCACUUGUAAGUUUCCUUUAUUGAUCCGAUAAGUGUUCUGAAUCUUGUUUGUUUAGCCUCCUCCUCCUCUUCUAACCUCCUCUCCAGCAGCGUCUCUCCGACGACCGUCCGCCUCUGCGCGAGUAGUUGCUGAUGUCCUGAAGUUCAUCAACAUCAAAAGUGCAGAAGCGUCGUAUGUGGUCCAAAAGGUUUCUCUUAUGCUGGCUGGGUAGUUUAGCAUAGGUGCGCGUGUGUAUCAAUCCACAAGAGACGGGCGUAACAUCAGCACGAACAAUGCUUAGGGAUUUGAUUGUAAACUACUACAGUUCAUCUUAUAUGAGGCCUCAUAAGUAGAUAGAGAUACAAAAGAGGUAGUACCAUGACAUGACAAGACUACCAUGAGACUGAGAGAACUAUGACUAUCUAUCGCUAAUCUUGGCACCGUAUCACUGCAAAAGAUCCAGAGUUUGUUCUGUUUUUCUGUCAAUCUCAAUCAAUGAAUCUAAUCCUCGCACCCUCUCGUUGCAAAAGACUCAGAGUGCUGUGCUUGCGUCUUAUCCAGGCUUCGACCCGGGACCGGAUGUCACGGGCAACGGCUUGCGUCGGGUACUGCGGUCUUUGUCGGAGAAGCUAGACAGCGAGCGAUUAGACGAUAGUCCAUGGGCAACUGUGUUUCUUGUGGUUAUGAAUGGGUUUCUCUUCUUCUUGAAUGUGGUUGGACCACGUGAUGUCAGCUUCCUCUUGGUCAGGUAAAAAGUACUAUUAUAGAUACAGACUCACGUUUUUUAGGUAAAAAUAAUACUAAAAGUGUGGGACAUCAUGUAUCGAAGUAACGAACGAAGUAAGUACACCUACAGAUAUUCCAUGACGUUUUUUUUUAGGUAGAAUCAAAAUCAAAAAAAGAUCUCUGUUUUUUUAGUACUAAAACAUCUCUGCUCUAACACUCCCGCUGCUUUCGGCAUUGCAGAGGGUGUCCUGGUCUUUCUGUUGCUGUUCACUCGUCAAUGCGGCAAAAUUUGUGGAGGCGGAAGCGGUAGGGCUUCAGCGCAAGGAAGCUCCUCUGGACGAGACUCUACUAAUAUUAAGGGAGGUUUAUUCUAUCUAUUUAUUUCUAUCUAUCUAUAUCUAUCUAUCUAUCUAUCUAUCUAUCUAUCGACUUUCGUAGUCACCGCCUCGGUUAUUGUCGCUGACUUUCGUAGUCGCCCAUCAUCCUCGGAGGCGAGCAACGGGUGCCUGUGGGGCUCGUUGUGAAGGAUCCAUAACCUACCCUAACCUCGAUAAGCAUUUAGACAAUCCGAUUCUCAAUCCCUGACUUUUUUCUAGUGGAAAGGUAGGAGGUCAGCUAGAACAUGUUCUGCGGAAUGCAAUAGCGCAGCUUCUAACGCUAGGCGAAGCUCCAGGGAUAGAUCAAGGGAUAGCGAGAGGCGAAGCUCUAGGCGAGACUCUGGGAGGCGCGACUCUGGGAGGCGAAGCUCCAGGCGAUGAGCCACGCAGGAAUAGAUAGUUGAAACAUUGUGGUUGCUAGACUGUAGUCAAGUUUUUGUUGUUGUUGGAUAUAAUUGGAUGUGAUGAAUGACGUGAUGAAGCAAGACCGAUCGAGCCGUACUGAUGGACGAAGUGAACGACUAUGGAGGUGUUGUACUGAUGGACGAAGUGAACGACUACAGUCGGAUCCGGGAUUACAGGAGGAAUGCUGUCACGCUUACUUUUGUUUUUUUUUGUACAUUUGAAUGUGAGGGGACGAAGAGAUAGACGAUGAGGUUUUGUUGUAUGUUUUCAUGAACAGUUGCACGAUGCUAGAGGAAACAAGGAGGUGAAGGACAUUGCGUUUUCAACGAGACGCAAGUACUUAAUUAGAGUUACAACUAUAGGAAAUUUGACGUGGCCACUAUAGUUCUUUUUAAAAAGUUGGAUGUCUUCCUUUUUAUGUAAUUUUGCUUCCUAGUUAGACGUGCUCCACCGGUAUUAAAGAAAUUUUGACGUUACAACUAUCGGAAAAUGUGUACGAAGUACAGCUGCUCAAAACUACCAAUCCUUGAAAUUAAUCGCACUUUUACAGAAAAAGAUGCAUAAUCAGUACUAAAAGAUGAAAUGGCAUGGUCAAUACUGAGAUAAUCGUUGUGGAAAGCAGCGUGGACGAUUCUUCAAAAAUGUCAGAUAGACGAUGUUUCCAGGAAAGCACAUCUUAUCAACGAAUGAAUUGAAAGUGGAUGCGACUAGCUGCUAGACACAGUCAUUUUCGUGCUUAGGUUUCCUG